AUGGCCAUUUCCACCGUCUUGGACUUGGCAGAGUUGCUGCAGGCAAUCAUAUUGAUAUCGUUGAACGCUGCAGCCACCACCGAAUUGGUCUGUCUGAAUCUUGUUCCCAUCAGACCGAGAUAUUUGAUACAGUCUUUGGGUCUUAGCCAAAACAGCGAUUUCACACGCUGGUAUUUGAACCACGACAGACUCAUCUGGUUGAAGUAA